AUGGCGGACAAUCAAUUCAUCCUCUCUCUGAUGCCAAGGCACUAUGGCCGACGCGAGGACACUUCAAAGCUCCCUGGUCUUCGCGGACUGGCGUCACAGGCAAACCUUCCAGUGUCCCUCCGUACUCCCGAACCUGACUUCCGAUGCGACAUCUAUACGAAAUGGACGAUGCCUUUCCAGAGGCUCCUUAUACAAAAGGGUGGUGAGAAGAUCGUCACGAAAAUCCUAGGUUAUGCGAUAGAUACCGUGGAUGUUGCUGUUCUCAACCCAUCACGGUUCAUGGAACGAUUCCCAGUUGGAAUCAGGGAAGAUGGCCAGAUGUUCGGCUUUGGCUCAUUCGUCACUCCUGCUCUUUACCCUCAAGGGAGGUGUAGCGCAUUCCGAACCCCUGAAUGGCUGGUGAACGCCAUUGGCGUCCUGCGACUUGAGAUCAAGUUGAGCGUUGUCUGCAAGAAGUGGAGGGAGCUUAUUCUCACUGAAGUGGACCUCCAUCAGAGUCCAACUUCUGUUGUACGCAUCUCGUCGGAGCUUCUCCACAGCUGCACCAUCCCAAACAGGGCGAUCUAUGCCAAUCCUCUCUUCCCAGAUAAACCCUACACGAGCAUCCAGAUCAUGUGCUCACUUGAGGACGGCGGAUGCAAUACUUGCGCUGGUGACUUUCACGCCAAGAUGGAUCUCUCACAGUUCGACUGCGUCGACUUUCGCUUUGCGCCAGAUGGCAACACUGCGUUCAGUGUUAAUCCUGCCUGUUUCCUGCAGGAUGACCACUUCGACACGGCCUAUCGCACGAUCAAAUUCACACUUCCGAAGUGCAUUACCCACGACGAGGGAGCGGCUUUCAAAAUCGUCGGCAAGACAUCUGGCUAUUUCACCAAUCAGCCCACGACUCUUGUCUUCGACCUCAACUCGUGGAUCCCAAAGAAAGCGGAUCUGAUGCCUCCAGCGCUUGCUCGAGCAGUCAAAGCAUUUUCGAAGAAUGAUCUAAAGCAGGUUAAGAGCGUGGUCAUCAAAUUCCCUGCAAAGAGGUCAGCCCGCCAGCAGUUCAUCUAUAACAUGCAAAGGUAUCAGAGGGAUGGUCCGACCGCCAAACGACGCGACUGGCGAAUGCGAUAUCUGACCCUGAUCAAUGUCACCACGAUUCUCUGGGAGUACGUCCGCCAUCUCGGCAAUAUCUCACCGCGCUUGGUCCAGAAUUGCACGGUAGUUCCUCUUCCCCCCAGCCCUCACAAGACGCUAGACGAGAUGGACCAGAUGGAACUUUCUAUCUUCCGCACGGCGAAACAGAACAGACAUGAUCAAAUCAAAGAUGCUAGACUCCAUUGGGAGACCUUGUUCAACCUUCAAAUACCUGAUGAUGAGAACGAAGAUGCUCCCUGUACACUGGAGCUAAUGCUCGCCGAACUCGAAGAAUGGCGGACCGAGAACCCCAACUCAGAGGACUGCGAACAUAUCUUUAGCAAGUUCCUGAGUAGCAGCGUUCGCGAAUCCUACUCUCCUUGCUCUGAUUCCGAUGGGGAUAAGAAAGGGCUAGGCAGCAAGCUCUGCCAGAAGUAUGAGCUUGGACCCAAUGGGCAGUUGCAGGAACUGCGCCUCGUCUAUGGCGAUAUCACUCUGAUGAGUCGAACCGAGAAGACGGAGUAUGAUUUCCUCAAGGGAUGGCAGGGAGAGCCUGGCUAUCCUGGAAAGGUCACUCUUACUGACCAGCUUGGAAUGAUUGGCAACGAAUACUGCCAUUUAGACAUGCUCGAUUGA